UCGAUUAACCAAUAAUAAUAUUUCAUGGUCUUUUGCGAUAAACUGUAAGCUCAUGGUAAUGAAAAGUGUAUAAAACACUAGACGCUUUUGUUUUAGAUUCAGUUUGUUUCUUCAAAGUCAGCUGAGAGCUCUAAAUAUUUUUCACCAUGAAGCUCUUGGUACUUUUUCUUAUGUUCAUCGUCUUUGUGGCCAGUGCGCUGGCUCUAAAAAGUGAAAUAUGUGGUCUGCCCCAUUCCAUUGAUGGUGAUGUCGAACGCAAAAUCUCCUGCGAGGCCUACUUCCCUAGCUGGUCCUACGAUGGUGCUAAUAGUAAGUGCGUGGAAUUCAUCUACGGAGGCUGUGGAGCAUUCUAACAGGAAAUUUAAACCUUAGUUGAAAAAUGUGGGGACAACCAUAUUUAAGGACAUGGAUUAGACAAAAAUAGAUUGACAUAACAAACCAAAUUUGUUUGUUGUGUACCAACCAAUUGGAAUAACCAAUAGACUCAAACAAACAAAUAAGUAAAGGAAUUAAGUAUAAAUAUUUCUUAAAAUAAAAGUUCGGACGAAACGUGUUGGCAAAUAACUUUGUAUGAAAUAAAAACAAACUUAAGAUUUAA